AUGUAUGAGACAAGAAUGGGUGCGGAGAUCUUGGUAGGAAUGACGGGCCAACCGUUUUUGAACGUUGGCAUGUACGCAGCGGCCAUCAUGCCCAACAAUGUUGGCUUACAUAUGCCACAGAUGCUAUGGUGUUGGCGUGCAGAUGGGCGACUACAAUCGCUAUUAGCUCGAUGGCCAGGCUUUGAAGUGCAAGAGGCGAUACCAGAGCCGGUGUUGAGCAACAACGUCAAGCGCGAUAUAUGGCCUGGAUGUUUGAAUCCGCACCCAACCCCAACACCCACAUGUCCCAAAGCUAUGCGGUCACCAAUGGCUCCCAAUUGUAACAAGUUUUGCUGGGUUCCGCCAGGCUCCUGGUGCGACCCUGUAGCGAAAAAUAACGGCAUCACGGCUGAGCAACUUACGACUUGGAACCCUUAUGUCGGCCCCAAGUGUACUGGACUGUGGGCUGACUACUACGCCUGCAUCGGUGUUAGCGAUGAGGCAAAGUCAGCAUGA